GACGUGGACCUAUCAGAACUCAUGGUGGCCUGUGCGCCGUACGGCGGACCAAUUGCCACAGUCCGCGAUCCGAACCACCUUCCCAGGCGCGGCAGCAGUGCAGGCUCGGCAGCAGGUUCGGCAGCACAGGCUCGGCAGUACAUAUCUGUGUUCUCAGCAGCUGGGCGGCCGAUCUCGCGGUUUCUGUGGGAACCGCCGGGAGGGAGGCUGAUGGGGCUGGGGUGGAGAGAGGAUGCGGUGGGGGGCCUGGUGCUUGUAACGGUGCUUGAAGACGGCACUGUUCACCAAUGUUCAAUGCAUGGGAAGGGCACUCUCCCCCGCAUCCCCCUCCACACCACCAACCUAGAGGGUAUCACGGAGGCUCACAUAUUCGGCAUGCGAGGGGGAGGAGAUAGAGGAGGAGGAGGGGAAGGGGGAGAUACGGGGGGUGAUGGCGCGGAGGGGGAGGCGAGGAAUGGGGGAGGGGAGGAAGAAGGGGGGAGGAGCAGAGGGGGAGGGGGAGGGCGUGUGGCGGCAGGAGUGGUGUGCUUGACUGAGAGCUGUCAGCUUCUAGCAAUGGUGGACUUCGAUGUGAGUAUAACGAAAGUGGAGGACUUUGAUGUGAGUAUAACGAAAGUGGAGGACUUUAAUGUGAGUAUAACGAAAGUGGAGGACUUUGAUGUGAGUGGAAAGGUGGGUGGUUUUUCCCCUGGCGGGCCCCGGUCUGAACCAGAGGUCUUCCCCCUGGCGGACCCCGGCCUCUCAGAGCCACUAACAGGAACCAGAGGAGCCAGAGGUCUUCCCCCUGGCGGACCCCGGCCUCUCAGAGCCACUCACAUUGGCAAACCCCUCGGGCCAAACUCCUUUCGCUCGCACUCCCACCAACCGUACCCCACCCAACAGGAACCAGAGGUAUUCCCCCUGGCGGACCCCGGCCUCUCAGAGCCGCCCGCCUGCAUGGCUGUGCUGGAGCCCGUGAUGACGUCACUGGAUGACAUCAGCGCUUCUCAGGUGGCGGUGCUGCUGGGAACGGAGGCGGCUCUGCUGCGGGUGGAUGGGGAGACGGUGCAGCGCGUGGGUGCCCCAGAGAUGUCCACAGCAGUGCAGCGCAUGGCAGUGUCAGCUUCCGGAAAGCUUCUGGCGUGCUUCACGGCUGACGGGCAGCUGCAUGUGCUGCUGACGACAGACCUCUCCAGGCGGAUCUCCCACUAUGACACUCAGAUAGUGCUACCACCAGAUGCCAUGGCAUGGUGUGGAGAGGACGCGGUGCUGCUCUCCUGGCAGCACCCCCCUGCCCUCAUGCUCGUCGGCCCUGGGGAUGCCAUCAAAUACUCAUUAGGAGGGGAAGAGGACGACGAGGAGGAGGAGGUGGAGGGGGAGGAGGAAGAUGGUGAGAUAGAGGGAGAGGCAGGAGGGGAAUUGAGUAGGCGCCGCGCGUUCGGCUCGGCAGCUCUUCGCAGUGUGCCAGCGCCAGCAUCAGCGCUUGACACCACCACCACCACCACCACCACCGACAGCUGCCUGAUCCUCAUCCCCGAGUGCGACGGCGUCCGUCUCCUCUCCUCCUCCCACUCCGACUUCAUCUCUCGGGUUCCCGAACCCACCGUAGCCGCCUUUGCUCUCGCAAGCACCGCACCCCCUGCUCUACUCCUAGAGGCGUUUUCGCUGUUCGAGAGGCGGUCGGGGAAGGCGGAUGAGCACGUGAGGGCAAUGGGGGUGGCUGUGAUGGGGGAGGCGGUGCGAGGGUGCAUGCAGGCUGCAGCGCAUGAGGGGGAUGUGGAUGGGCAGAAGCGGCUUCUAGCUGCUGCUGCUUUUGGCAGGGCCUUCUGUAGGAAGUUUCCUCGCGACCGCAUGAUGAGUCUGUGCAAGGACCUGCGGGUGUUGAACGCGGUGCGGAGGGCAGAGGAGGACGGGCUGACCAAUGGCGUGAGGGCCAUGGAGACAGCGGGCAUGCCACUCACUUACUCACAAUACAAGGAGCUCUCCCCUGCACGCCUUAUCGCCCGCCUCUGCUCCACACACCACCACCUGCUCGCCCUUCGGGUAGCCGCAUUUCUCGGCCUUCGCACGGAGAGCGUGUUGGAGCAUUGGGCAAUAUCCAAGAUCCUUUCUGCAUCGCAAAUGCCUGAUGAAGUGCUCUAUGAUACUAUAAUAAAGCAGAUCGACACGGACAAGCGGGGCAGCCUGGCAGUAUCGUUUGCAGCCGUGGCUACAGUGGCGUUUCACACGGGCAGGCACGAGCUGGCCACACGGCUGCUGGAGAGGGAGGUUCAUACAGGCCGGCAGGUGCGCCUGCUGCUGGAAAUGGGAGCAUUCGAGGCAGCUCUAUGGAAGGCGGAGGCGGGGCCAGAUGCGGACUUUGUGUUCCAAGUGCUCUUCCAGCUGCUCGAUAAGGCGCCAGAGGAGCAGGUGUUUGAGCUGCUCAAGAGCCACCCCACUGCCCGAAGCCUCUUCAUCUCAUACUGCAAAAAAUCCGACAUUCCUCUGCUGAUGCGAUUCUAUGAGCGCUCAUCCAUGCACCAGUGUGUGGCAGAGCAGAUCGUGAAGCAGGGGGUGCAGGAGGGGCUGAACAGGUGGGGAGCGGAGAGGGUGAGGGAGCUGGAAGCAGCAGCAGAGCUGCUCUCAAGGACCAGAGACCACGGGUUUCAGGCGAAAGCAGUGGAAGAUUCUGUGAAGCUUCUGCGCUUUCAGCAGCAGUUAGAAGCAGCAGGAGUGCACCUGGCCGCACCCACCACCACCGCCACUGCCACGGGUUCCAGGGCAGCGCUACUACUGGCUGAGACUACAGGCUUGGCUCGCCUGAGGGACUGUCCCCGAGAGGCGCUACUACUGGCUGAGACUGCAGGCUCAGGCCCGCUCAAGGGACUGGGAGGGGCUGGAGAAGUUGUUCCGGAGAGACGUUACUACUGGCUGAGACUACAGGCUCUAGCUCGCCUGAGGGACUGGGAGGGGCUGGAGAAGCUGUUCAAGGAGCGACGCCCUCUGGUGGGGUUGAGGGCUUUCGUAGAAGCGUGUGUGGAGCAAGGCGCUGUGGUGGAGGCUGCUAAAUACGUUGGGAGGAUCGGGGACGCAAGCGAGAGAGAAGAGCUGUCACGUCGGUUGAACCUUCCAGACAUGACAUCUGAAGCAGCAGCUGCCGCAGCAGCAGAGAGGGGCGAGGGUGCCAUUUUGGGUACUCUGCGAUCCUUUGCUGCUGCCGGCAGUGCUGCAGGUGCUGCUGCUGUUGCCGCCAACCCCACAGCUUCCUCCUUUUUCGGUUUCGGCAGUUUAUCAUUCAGUGGUAGAGGUGAAGGAUGA